AUGACAAGCCUGAGUGAAAGAGUUGUCCAGAUUGUUGACAGUUUCUGUGUGCAGGUACAUCUUUUGAGAAAUGCUGGUGAUGAAGUUACCAUCACUGUUGAGUAUCUCAGGGAAGCGCCGUCAUUUCUGAAGCUCCCGUUAGGGUCUCCAGGGCCAUCCAGUGACCACAGCAGCAGGGCCUCUUCUCCCCUCUUUGACAGUGGUUUGCAUCUGAAUGGAAAUUCCAGUAACACAGCGUCAUCAUCACCUUCCUCGCCCAUAGCUAAGGAACCAAAGUACGAGAAGCACUGGCUAGACACCUUGUCAGUUCCUUUGUCCAUGGCUCGAAUCUCAAGGUACAAAGCUGGAACGGAAAAAUUAAGGUUGAAUGCCUUUGAGGUGUUGGCCCUGGAUGGAGUCAGCACAGGGAUCCUUCAGUUUUACACAGCCCAGGAUGGUGCUGACUGGCUGCGGGCGGUCUCAGCAAACAUCAGUGAUCUGACCCUUCAGAAUAUGAAAAUGGCGAAUAAAUGCUGUUCUCCUUGUGACCAGGUUGCGCAUAUGGGGUGGGUAAAUGAGAAACUCCAAGGAGCCGACUCCUCUCAAGCCUUCAGACCUAAGUUUCUUGCACUGAAGGGCUCCUCUUUCUACGUUUUCAGCACUCCUCCGGUGAGCACAUUAGACUGGGUACAAGCCGAAAGAAUCUAUAACCUCUGUGAGGUAUUAUUCAAAGUUCACAAGUUCUGGCUCAUGGAUGACUGCUGGUUACAAGCAAACUUAUAUCUGGGUCUUCAAGACUUUGACUUUGAGGACCAGAGGCUGUAUAGCUUCAGUGUCAUGACUGGCCACGGGAAGAGCCAUGUUUUCAAUGUGGAACUUGGCAGUGAGCUGGCCGUGUGGGAGAAGGCCUUCCAAAGAGCCACAUUCAUGGAAGUUCAAAGAACUGGG